AAAAAAAAAAAAAAAAAAGCUUUGUUGCAGCUCCUGUCCUUGUUCCUUUUUUCAAUACAGCACAUACACAUACACGCACAACAACGCAAUAAACCAUGGAUUCCGAUUCACCAUAUGACGAUUGGUCUAGGCAUAUUCAUGCAAUCAUCACCUUUCUUAAGCCAUACUUUGAUGACUGGCGGAGUUAUGUUAGCAUCGCCAGUAUGCUCCUUGGCAUUGGCGUGUUGAUCAUGGAGAGUCAAGUCUUGUUGCGAAUGCGCAUGGGUCGCUUGGAGAUCAUUGGUUAUGUUAUUUGGUGCCUUAUCUCAUCUAUAUUAGGGCCUAUCUUUGACAUUCUGGUCAUGGCCGGUCUUUUCUUCUAUUGUCGACGCAAGAGUGGCAGAUUGCAUAUUACAAAUGAAUCCAUUGCCAAAGCCCUCUUGCCUGCACCGGUUGCCAAGAACUAUCAGGUUAUGGGAGGCGUAUGUAUUGCAGCGACAGCCCUAACACUAACUUCCAAUAUACUAUAUAUGUUACGUGGAUGGAAAGAGCCCUCGCAAUUCUUUGGCUUGGCUUCGAAUGCAGUACGGUGGUUAACCAGUCAGAUUUGGUAUGCGAUCGGCAUGAUCUUUUUAUUCCAUGUCGUGACGCGGCCUGCGCAGAGUGGUGUAGUCUUUUUUGGAAAGUUUCCACGCGACCUCUGGGCGUACAAGUGGUAUUUGUGCAUCUUGUAUAUCCCAGUACGCUACAUGUUGCUGGAGCUCUGCAAUGUUCACAAGGAUACAAAAGAGAUUCUGAUUCCACUGGAAAUUUUGGUUGACAUCAUGCUGUACAAUGGCCCUUUCUUGACUAUUUUGUUGCGACUACUGUAUCUUGCAUGGAAGGUAGCAUACGAUGAAGCGGUGCUGACGGGCGCUAUCUUUGAAGAUGGUGGCAUAGGAUCUAAUCCACUGGACGGCCGAUUCACAGACGGUCAACGGCGUGCAGCGACAUCCAGCGGAGGUCGCACAGGAGGCGGUGAUUAUGUCGGUUUGGCAAUGGUAGACUUGGAUGAGGUUGAGCGCGGCCAAGCAGGUAGUGAGCAUGGAGAAGCAGGUUCGAGACCCAAGAAGCCCUCAAACGGUUUAGUAGCAGAAGCAGAUGAAGACCGGGAACAUGAUGAAUUUGUAUUGGAGGAUGAGGAUGACGAGAUACAACGUACAACAGCAACAGCGUCUUCACCGCCAGAAAUAGGAAACACUGUAAACAAGGAUACAUCUAAGAGCUCUACAAAGAAGGACAUCAUGUUUGAGGUAGAUACAGAUGAUGAAAGAACGGACAGGAAUGAUGAUAGUAACAACCGAGAUCAGCGUAGUCCUAAUCAUGGUGGUCUACAAGAGCAGCAAUCACUCUUGUGAAUAAGCAAAACAAGGGGGGUUUUUUUUCCCCCCAUUGAUUAAUUGAUUGGUUAAUGAUCCCCAGAUACCCAACCUGUCUUGCUUUUUUCUUUUUUCUCUGCCCUCUGCAAUAUUGCUUUCAAAUGAUCGUUGCAUACAUUUUUUCGUUCAC